GUCCCGUCUGGUACCACUUUACUGUACUCUUUUGUGUUGUCCAUUCCCAACCACAAAUUGCAACUUGACUUACAUGCGCCUCGUGCAAAUAUUUCAAGUAAUUUGUGUAGAACGCAUGAGUAUAUUUGAACGCUCCCAGCAGGAAAAUGUCACUGUCGUCGGUCAGGUCGACUGUCACCUGUCUUGUCUGUCAAAUGGGUUAGUCGUGUACUAUUUUGAAAAGGAUACCGUAACGUAAAGUUUUGUAUCAAUUUACAUUAUUUGCAUUAGCUCAGAAAAUUGAAAUACAAACCUUACUGUCCUACUUGAUGAUCACAGUCUUCUCACAGGAGUGACGAUGUAUAACCAGGUCACAUAUUUGUCGCGUUAAGUUUCAUGCCACAGUGAAUAACUCGAACAUUACAAUGGAGAGCGACAAGAAAGUUGAGGACAUGGAUAUUCCGACUGCGGAGGGGAAUCUCUUGGAGCAACCGGUGGAGGCGCGGGUGGCGGCGCGUAAUCCGCUAAUGAAAGUGCACACUUAUGUGGUGGCGCUGCGGCCGUGGUCGCUGAGUGCAAGCUUACUGCCUACACUGUUAGGGGCUGCUCUGGCAUGGCGUCUGCCCGGCGAGCAAGCCUUUAGCUGGCCCGCGCUGCUGCUUACGCUCUGCACAGUGCUCCCAGUGCAUGGCGCAGGCAACGUCGUCAACACAUACUUCGACUUUGUUAAAGGAAUCGACAAUCGGAAGUCAGAUGACCGAACGCUCGUCGACCACCUCCUAAGCAUUGAUGAGGUUGUCUCCCUUGGUGCUAUACUGUACCUGGCUGGCUGUGCCUGCUUUGUACCCCUGGUAAUGGUGUCUCCAGCGCGCAUGGAGCAUUUAGCACUUGUUUAUUUUGGCGGCUUAUCAUCCUCCUUCUUGUACACAGGAGGCAUUGGUCUGAAGUAUAUAGCAUUAGGUGACAUUUUAGUUCUAGUCAUAUUUGGGCCUGUAUCAGUGGUGUUUGCUUUCCUGGCUCAGACAGGGAGGGUUGAUUGGCCUAUUAUUUAUUAUGCAAUCCCUCUUGCUCUCAAUACUGAGGCUAUUCUGCAUAGCAACAACACAAGAGAUUUGGAAACUGACAACAAAGCUGAAAUUGUCACCUUAGCCAUACUGAUUGGAAAGACAGCAUCUUAUUUACUUUAUGCAUUUCUAUUAUUUAUUCCUUACAUAAUGUUUGUAGUGGCUUCGGUGCGGUGCUCUCUAUGGUUCUUGCUACCGAUGCUGACUUUGCCCAGAGCAUUUAAAAUAGAAAGGAUGUUCCGACACCCAGACACAAUGAGAUAUGUGCCACGUCAGACAGCUAGGCUCAAUUUCUACUUUGGCAUGCUCUAUAUGAUAUCAUGUUUGUUUGCUUAUAGAUUACCUUUCCUCUUGCCUCGAUAAUCUGAGGUAAGAAAAAUUCCCAAUUUACAUAUCUCACUCUUGUACU